GCCGCGACCCCUGCGCCCCGCCGCCCGGCCCCGCGCCCCGGCCCCGGAACGAGUUCAUGGGAGCAUGAAGGAGAUGGUAGGAGGCUGCUGCGUGUGCUCGGACGAGAGGGGCUGGGCCGAGAACCCGCUGGUCUACUGCGAUGGGCACGCGUGCAGCGUGGCCGUCCACCAAGCUUGCUAUGGCAUCGUCCAGGUGCCGACGGGACCCUGGUUCUGCCGGAAGUGUGAAUCUCAGGAGCGAGCAGCCAGGGUGAGGUGUGAGCUGUGCCCACACAAAGACGGGGCAUUGAAGAGGACAGACAAUGGAGGCUGGGCACAUGUGGUGUGUGCCCUCUACAUCCCUGAGGUGCAGUUCGCCAACGUACUCACCAUGGAGCCCAUCGUGCUGCAGUAUGUGCCCCACGACCGCUUCAGCAAGACCUGCUACAUCUGCGAGGAGCAGGGCCGGGAAAGCAAGGCAGCCUCGGGAGCCUGCAUGACCUGUAACCGCCACGGGUGCCGCCAGGCCUUUCACGUCACCUGCGCCCAGAUGGCAGGCCUGCUGUGUGAGGAGGAAGUGCUGGAGGUGGACAACGUCAAGUACUGUGGCUACUGCAAGUACCACUUCAGCAAGAUGAAGACAUCUCGGCAUGGUGGUGGGGGAGGAGCAGGAACAGGAGGAGCAGGCAGCGGUGGAGGCAGCGGAGGUGGCAAUGGCGGCGGCGGCAGUGGAGCUGGCACAGGGGGAGGCGGCAGUGGCUUCGUUGCUGGCAGGAGGAGCCGGUCAGCCUCGCCCUCCACCCAGCAGGAGAAGCACGCUGCCCACCACGAGCGGGGCCAAAAGAAGAGUCGGAAGGACAAAGAACGCCUUAAACAGAAGCACAAGAAGCGGCCUGAGUCCCCCGCCAGCACCCUCACCCCGCCUGUGGGCCCUGCUGCUGACAAGGUCUCUUCCUCGGCUUCCUCUUCCUCCCACCAUGAGGCCAGCACUCAAGAGACCUCGGAGAGCAGCAGGGACUCCAAGGGGAAAAAGUCUUCCAGCCACGGCCUGAGUCACAAGGGGAAGAAGCUGAGCAGCAGUGGGAAAGGUGUGAGCAGCUUCACCUCCACCUCUUCUUCUUCCUCCUCUUCUUCCUCCGGGGGGCCCUUCCAGCCUGCAGGCUCCUCCCUGCAGAGCUCCCCUGACUUCUCCGCCUUCCCCAAGCUGGAGCAGUCGGAGGAGGACAAGUACUCCAAGCCCGUGGCCCCCACCGCAUCGGCCCCGUCCUCGCCCUCAGCCCCAGAGCCCCCCAAGACUGACCUCUUCGACCAGAAGGGGGUCUUCUCCGGCUUUGGGCCCAUCAUGCGCUUCACCGCAGCCUCCAGCUCUGGCCGGGCCCGGGCCCCCUCCCCUGGGGACUAUAAGUCUCCCCACAUAUCCGGGUCCGGGACAUCAGCCGGCACCCACAAGCGAAUGCCCGCUCUGAGUGCCACCCCAGUACCGACCGAGGGGUCCCUGGAACCGGGGCUGAAGGAGAAGAAGCACAAGGCUAGCAAGAGGAGCCGGCACGGGCCAGGCCGGCCUAAGGGCAGCCGGAACAAGGAGGGCGUGGGGCCCCCCGCAGUCCCCACCCUGCCUGCUGCCCAGCUCGCUGGCUUCACCGCCACAGCUGCCUCCCCCUUCUCUGGGGGUUCCCUGGUCAGCUCUGGCCUGGGGGGUCUGGCAUCCCACACCUUCGGACCUUCAGGGAGCUUGCCCAGCCUGAGCCUGGAGUCCCCCCUGCUGGGAGCAGGCAUCUACACCAGUAAUAAAGACCCCAUCUCCCACGGUGGCAGCAUGCUGCGGGCUGUGUGCAGCACCCCCCUCUCCUCCAGCCUGCUGGGGCCCCCGGGUACCUCGGCCCUGCCCCGGCUCAGCCGCUCCCCUUUCACCAGCACCCUGCCCUCCUCCUCCUCUGCAUCUAUCUCCACCACUCAGGUGUUCCCCCUGGCUGGCUCCACCUUCAGCCUCCCUUCUACCCACAUCUUUGGGACCUCUGUGGGCACCACGAACCCCCUGCUCACCCAGGCGGAGAGCAGCCACGCAGAGCCAGACCUGGAGGACUGCAGCUUCCGGUGUCGGGGGACCUCUCCCCAGGAGAGUCUGUCUUCCAUGUCCCCCAUCAGCAGCCUCCCUGCACUCUUCGACCAGACCGCGUCUGCACCCUGCGGCAGCGCCCAGCUAGACCCGGCGGCUCCGGGGACGACUAACAUGGAGCAGCUGCUGGAGAAGCAGGGCGACGGCGAGGCCGGCGUCAACAUCGUGGAGAUGCUGAAGGCUCUGCACGCGCUGCAGAAGGAAAACCAACGGCUGCAGGAACAGAUCCUGAGCCUGACGGCCAAGAAGGAGCGGCUGCAGCUUCUCAACGUGCAGCUCUCCGUGCCCUUCCCCUCCCUGCCUGCUGUCCUGCCUGCCGCCAACGGCCCCAUCCCUGGACCCUACGGCCUGCUCCCCCAAGCCAGCAGCGACUCCCUGAGCACCAGCAAGAGCCCUCCAGGCAAGAACAGCCUCGGCCUGGACAAUUCGCUGUCUACGUCUUCUGAGGACCCACACUCAGGCUGCCCGAGCCGCAGCAGCUCAUCGCUGUCCUUCCACAGCACGCCCCCACCGCUGCCCCUGCUUCAGCAGAGCCCUGCUGCCCUGCCCUUAGCCCUGCCUGGGGCCCCUGCGCCACUCCCGGCCCAGCCACAGAAUGGGCUUGGCCGGGCACCUGGGGCAGCAGGGCUGGGGGCCAUGCCUGUGGCUGAGGGGCUGCUGGGGGGUCUGUCGGGCGGUGGGGGCCUGCCCCUCAAUGGGCUUCUGGGGGGACUGAAUGGGGCUGCUGCCCCCAACCCUGCAGCCUUGAGCCAGGCUGGUGGGGCCCCUGCGCUGCAGCUGCCAGGCUGUCUCAACAGCCUCACCGAGCAGCAGAGACACCUCCUUCAGCAGCAGGACCAGCAGCUCCAGCAGCUCCAGCAGCUCCUGGCCUCCCCACAGCUGACCCCGGAGCACCAAGCCGUGGUCUACCAGAUGAUCCAGCAGGUGCAGCAGAAGCGGGAGCUACAGCGGCUGCAGAUGGCCGGGGGCUCCCAGCUGCCCAUGGCCGGGCUGCUGGCCGGAAGCUCCACCCCGCUGCUCUCAGCUGCAUCCGCACCAGCCCUACUGCCCACCGGAGCCCUGGUGGCCCCCUCUCUGGGCAGCAACACAAGUCUCAUGGCUGCAGCAGCUGCAGCUGCUGCUGUGGCAGCAGCAGGGGGACCCCCGGUCCUUACUGCUCAGACCAACCCCUUCCUCAGCCUGUCGGGGGCCGACAGCAGUGGCAGCGGCCCCAAAGGAGGGGCUGCUGACAAAGGAGCCUCAGCCAACCAGGAGAAAGGCUAACCCCAGCCCUGCCCUUCCUGAGCCCUGCGUGGAGGGGACAAGAUCCUGGCUGGAGGGCUGAGCCUGGAGCAGGCGGCUGGGCCCAGACACUGGCAAGCCUGGCCUGGGGCCCAUGCAGAGGCCCAGGGCACAUGGGGAGCGUGGAGCCGAGGACGGGGCUGGGAGGGCACCUUCCAUCAGGCCCUUCCCUCCGCGCUGGCCACUGGGAGAGGCUCCAAAGGGGGCGGCUUGGGGCGCCCCGAGAGCAGGGCACGCCAUGGGGUGAGUGGGGGGUCAUGGGACCCACUACGUAAAACAGAUCAGCACUUGAAUGCGGAGAAGGGAAGGGGUGGCCCUGGGACUGGCCCCACGUUGAAUCUUUAGGGAAGAAGGGGCCCCUCACUAGGAGUUUCUUCCCCACUUGGGCAGGUGGCAGAAGGGUCCCUUCGACUGUUUCUCACUGUCCCCUUCCCCACCUAGGGUCACAAGCUGAGCUUGUAAAAGCCUACAGAUGUAGGGGCUGAGGAAGGGCAGGACAUUGGUGUUAGCCCGGGCCUCCGGCACCUGCGGGGGGAGCUGCGCUAGGUGGGGAGGCCCUGGCUGUCCUCAGCACCCCGCUCCUUGUUUGCACUAUUGGCUGGAGGAGUGCUGAGGGUGGGGAGAGGCGUGAGUGCAUGAGUGUGUGCGUGUGGUGUGUCUGUCGUCUGUCUGUCUUCCCCCGGACCUGGGGCAGCUGAGGGCAGGGAUAGAGGAGAGGUGGUUGGCACCAGCAGGGAGCUCCAGCUCUGGUCUGUGCUCUCCUCACCUUGCCACUCCAGUCCCUUUCUGGGCACAGCAGGGCAAGGAAAUCCCGAAGUACACCCUGGUACCAGAGAGUGGCGGGGUGGGGCUCGGAGUCAGCGCGGUGUCCUGCCUUCCCUCCCUGUUCCCCACUUGGUCUCAGGGCCCCCUACCCCCUGCUAGUGUGACCCUUCCCUGGCAGGAGGGGAGUCCUGGGGGUUGGGGGAGGGGACAAGGGGGGAAGUGCCACUUCUUUUAGGAAAAGUCCUAUUUCCAGAAUUAGCCAGCCUGGCUCCCACCCCUACCAGUGACGGAGCCACUAAACUGACCUAAUGCUGUCCCCUCACCCACAGCUGUGUCCCGGGUGCAGCGGGCAGUGCUCACCAUGGCACAAAGGCAGGGGCCCUAUUCAGUUGCACUGGGGUGGACGCCCCGAUCUGUCCGGCUUGCAUGUGUGCAUAACUGUGUGUGUUUCUGCUCGGGUUUUUGUUGUUGGUGGGGUUUUUGUUUUUGUUUUUGUUUUCUAAUAAAGAAAAGAAGAUGUGUAUAUUUUUGGCAAUGACAGAAAUGUAGUGCAGAUAUAUUUUUGCCUGUGCUGCUCAACUGUUUUUUUUCUGAUACGAGAAAUAAUAUUAAUAUUCCUGUUGAUAGGACUUUGUAAGACGUUAGGGCGCUAAUGGACGGGGUGGGUGGGAAUCCUUCUGAGGAGAUUUCUUAGCACUUGCAAGGGCUUGGGGGUGGGGGGAAGGGACAGUUGUGAUGACCUCAAAAUACUCAUUUUUUAUUAAAUGCUAAAUAUCAGUUAGAAAGACAUGUUAGAACUGAGCAUUUUAUUCAUCUUAAUCUGUUUUUUUUUGGGGGGGGGGAUCGAACUCAGGACCUUGCGCUUGCAAGGCAGGCGCCGAAACCACUGAGCUAAAUCCCUGGCCCUCUGUUCUGCUCUUUAACUCCCUGUCCCCAAGGCACUGUAAAACAGAACAACCUUCAAAGAUACUUAGAAGAGUUGCUCCUUCCUACGCUGCCCUUGCCCAAGGCUGAAGGCCACUUUGUCCCCUCUGUCCUGGUGGAGCGGACACACACCGAGAGAGGCUGCGGUGUGAAGCCGGGGAAGGGUUAGUGCACUGGAACAGAGCCCCCCAGCCUGUCACCUCCGUCUCUGAGUCUGUCCCCCAAGUUUCCCAAGCCCUUUGUGCCCCUUAGGCUGGGAGGCUGUGGUGGGGAGGCCAGGCUUGGGGACAUGGGACUCUAGACAGCCAGUGGCCCUCUUUCCAGUGGAGCCUACUAGGAAAGCUGUGAAGAGCCUUGGGAGGGACAGGACGCAGAUGCAGAAGGAGGGCUGUACGGCCUUCACCUCCCGACCUCAGUCCAGUUUUUGACAGUGAACUUGGAUGGGUGUGUGUGUGUGUGCGCAUGUGCGCGUGUGCAGAUUUGUGGUGCUUGGUCUGGGGGAGGGGAAGGAUGUGGUUUGCAGAGCGGAAGUGGUGUCUGAAUGCUUGGCUGGAGCUUUGUGUGUCCCCACCUUCAGCAGGGAGAUGUGAGUGGAUGUAGGUGCUGGGCCCCAGCUGAGGGGUCACACCUAGGGGUGGGGUGUCAGCUGGCCCUUGGCUUCCCUGGUGACAGCUCCAAGCCCCAGGAGGGUAGGGACUCUGAUAGAGCCAGGACCUGGCCACCUGGUCUUUGGCUCCCUUGCCAGCUGGCCGUGUGUGUGUGUGUGUGUGUGCGCGCGUGUGCGCGUGCAGGUGCAGGUGCAGGUUGAGAGUCUGUGUAGCGCUAGCUAUCAGCUCCAAGCUGACGGGUCCUCUUCAUAGGCAAUGACACUUGAAGGGGUGCCUUUAAAGAAAAGUUUGUCCUAUUUGUAGGUUUUAGGCUCUGGGGUCUCCUGCUGCCUCUUGGGGUCUCUGACUUUGAGGUCGGUAAGGGAGCCCCUGCCUUUUUCAGUGCUGAGACCUAGGGAAGUCAUCACCCCAGACUUAAGAGACAGAUGAAGGGUGUAUGAGCCAGGGCCACCUCUGAGAAGGGGUGACCUUCAUGUGUCCUUGUGCCAAGCUGGACAUGCUGGACAACUUUGCCGAGACCCAGGCUCCCCUGGAGCUUGCAGCAUCUUCCUGGUGUGGAGCAGGCCAGAGGGAGAGUUCCCCAUUCUGUAUCCCGAUGUUUCCUGGGAAGAAGGAUGGAGUGGGCUUUCUACUGAGGGUAGAGGAAGGUAGAGCCGAGCAGCCCUGGCUACCCUGGGCUCACCAAAACAUGUCUCCUUCCACCCGGCUGCUUUGUCUUGCUCUGAAGAGCUGGGGACUGGGUAGUGUCCACAGUUGCCUGGUGCCCCUGUUCUCCAGCUCAACGUGGGAGUCGGGUGGUGGGACUGCAGACCCAGACCCUGGCUCCCCCUUUGGUCCCAGCCUAUUUACGUGUAGCAGAACCUUUCCAAGAGGCAGGGAGGGCCAGCCUCAGUUUGCAAACCCAGAGGCCGCUUUGUCAUUCUUUCUGAAGCCUCCUUUAUAUCCUCGCCCGAAAAGGCAAUGCCCCCAUCCUGCACCUCCAAGCCCGGAAUUGUGCAUAACCUGGACCUUGUAUCUUUGUAUACCAGAUGUUAUUUGUAUGAAGGGCAGAUGUAAUUUGUACGAAGGGCAGUUCGUAAACAGCACUUGUUCUUUUAAUAAAAGACUUUUACAAAAAAACCAAAAAAAA